UUUUCAAGUACAGAGAAAAGCAGUUCAGCAGGAGUGCAUGAGACUAGAUGGACACAAGUGUGUGAGUGAGUAAAAGCUGCAGCCAGUGGGUGAGGUAAGGUGAAACCCACAUAACGUUGGGACAAGUGCUACAAUGAACCUGACAGAGGCCCACGAGAGAAUAGCUAUCCUCUCUAAUGAAGAGACUGCAUCCAGCAAUGUCAGCCUGGCCAGCCUGAUCAUAAGGGGACCCAUCAACAAAACAGUCAAUAUUUUGACUGUUGUCAUCCUGUUCAUUACCAUGAUAUCUCUUGGCUGUACAAUGGAAAUUUCCAAAAUUAAGGCCUAUCUCUUCAAGCCAAAAGGAGUAACCAUUGCCCUGCUGUCCCAGUUCUGCAUCAUGCCCAUUACUGCUUUCAGUCUCGCCAAAAUCAUGGAGAUGGAUCCCAUAAAGGCUGUGACGGUGCUCAUCUGUGGCUGCUGUCCAGGGGGAAGCUUAUCCAACAUUUUUUCUCUUGUCGUGAAAGGCGACAUGAACCUCAGCAUUGUGAUGACCGCUUGCUCCAACAUUGCAGGCCUGGGUUUGAUGCCUUUGCUGCUGUAUGUCUUCUCCCAAGGCUUCACUGGAUUGGAAAAUGCUGUGCCAUAUGUUGACAUCAUUGCCACUCUGGCGUUCACCCUGGUGCCUUGUGCUUUCGGCAUUGCCAUUAAUCACUUCAAACCAAAUGCCGCAUUAAUCGUCAAAAAAGUUGGUCUUAGCCUCUUGGUGAUGUCCAGCAUCAUUGUUUCUAUCCUGUCCUUCUAUAUUGUCAAAGACCUAAUAUGGAUGAUCCUCGUCCCGGAUGCUCUUAUUGCGGCUUCACUGAUGCCACUGAUUGGCUUUAUGUUGGGAUAUGUCAUGUCUGCCUUAUGCAGACUCAGUCCGCAAUGCAGCAGGACCAUCUCCAUGGAGACAGGGUGUCAAAACAUCCAGCUGUGUGUUGCCAUCCUAAAGGUGGCUUUUCCUCUUGAGGUUAUUGGGCCCAUGUUUCUCUUCCCCCUGUUAUACAUCACUUUCCAGUGCGCUGAGGUCUUUCUCUUCACCCUGUGCUUCAGAUGUUACCAAAGAGUCAGGACACCAGCUGAGGAUACAGAAAAAGAAGAAGACAAGAGUGCUGAUCCUAAACACGACGAGGUGAAACAACCAUGACAGCAUCACUGCUGAUAACCCAGCACUGGUGAGGGAUACAAAAAAAAGAUACCCAGGAUGAAGCCAUCCAGUGCCUUUAUGUUAUAAAUGUCAUCUGCCUGUUCAGAGCUCAGGGAUGUUACACUUGAGGACUGUGGAAAGAUUUGCAGCCAUCCCACCAAACUGUGUCACUUUGGAGAAGUUAUAUAUGAAAAAUCAAACAGUAAAAUGGCUCAACUGUAACACAAACUGGAAAAACAGUCAACUGUAACACCUCAAAUAAUAUUUAAUUAAAUCAUAUGAUCAUAUGAUAUAUACAGAGGAAACUUAAA